CGGACGCGUGCCCCGCUGGCCCUCCUUCCGCCGCCGCCGGCCAUGAAGGGGACCCCCAGCUCCCUGGAGACCCUGCUGUGGGUCUACCACUUCCACAGCUCCACGGAGGUGGCCCUGCAGCCCCCGCUCCUGUCCUCCCUGGAACUCGCUGUGGCCGCGGCCCAUGAAUUUCUGGAGCAGAGGUUCAGGGAGCUCGAGUCCCUGGAGUCGCAGCGGCCGCAUGCCCCGAAGCCCACCCUGGGGCUGGUGCUGAGAGAAGCCGCGGCCAGCGUCGUGAGCUUCGGCGCCACCUUGUUCGAGAUCUCCGCCCUGUGACUGCAGCAGGAGGUGCGGCGGCUGGACGGCGGCGCCGGCAGCUCGGGCCCAGCCCGGGGCGCCGGGGAUCCGGGCGGAGCGCUGGCCCGGGUGGCCCGGGCCGCGGUCCAGGGGGCGCGGCACGCGGGGGCUGCGGCGGGCACUAGCGCCCGGCUCGCACUGCAGGGGGCGUGGCUGUGCCUGUGUGGGCGGGGCCUGCAGGGGUCCGCCUCCCUCCUGCAGCAGUGGCGACGUCAGCUGGGCCUGGGGACCCCCGGGGAACUGAGAUACUCGGGAGACCUCCAGGUGGCAUCCAGUGGCAGCACGGAGAACGGGGGACCAGAGAACCCGCCGCCGCCGCAGCCCCGCCCCGCCCCGCCUUCCAAUAAAGCCCAGACGGGACCGGACCCAGAGCAGCUCCCGGUUUCGCGUGCCCUUGGCCGCGCCCCCGGCCCCGCCCCCACACGCUGGCCCCGCGCACGCGUGGGCUCCUCCGCGGCCCUCUGCCUUCACCUGCCCAGCAUCGGCACGCUCAGCGACGUCUCGGGGGUUUUCUGGGCGAUCAGGAACAAGAAGACGGUCUGCGCCAGCAGGACGUUGAUGGACACGGUGCACUUCUGGCCGCCGGCUGGAGGGAGCGGCCGGUGAGAGCGGGUCCCGCUCCCAGCGGCGAGCCCGGGGUUGGGGUCCCGGCGGCCCCUUACCCUGCGCCGGCAGGAAGUAGGCGAGCAGCACCAGGCCCGAGAUGAGCACGCAGGGCACGAUGAUGUUGAUUGUGUAGAAGAGCGGCUUCCGGCGGAUGA